AUGGGAAACAAAUAAUCUUAGGAAUCUUUGGCAAGUUCAAAGUCAGAUAUUAGACCCUUAGACGUUAAGAAAUGCAUUAGUAUAAAACGAGACCCUGUUACUGGAAAAUUGAUUGGGGUUCCAAAGGAAUGGGCCUCUCAUCUUGAUGCUGAUCAAUAAUAAAUCGUAGAGACGAAUAGACUGCCUGAAGAAGUUAGAACUCAUAAAUUACCAGAGUGUAUAUAAGAAAUCCAGAAUUCCACUUAGAACUAAAAGAAUUUGUAACAAGAGUUAAAAAUCGACACAAACGCGGAUUUAUGUCUGGCAGGCCUUAAUGUUGAAAUUGAAAAAGAGAUAUAUAAUAGUGGCAUAAGUAGGAAUGAAAUUUAAAAGGACACCUUGAACUUCAUAUCAAUACUUGAAAUAUAUGAUGGUAAAGAAUUAUCAUUUAAAUAAAACUUUAAUGAGGUGACGUAAACUGAAUUUUUGAUUGAAAAUCCUGCUUAAAAAUAUAUAUUUAAUGAAUAAAUAGAAAGAGGAGUAAAUUGUAAACUUUAUAAAAUCAUUGAUAGACAACUAAAUAAGGUUUUGGUUGCUAAAGUAUUUAAAUUUCAUGAAAAUUUUAAUUGUUAUAGAUUGAAGAGAGAAAUAUCUUUAAUUCAACACUUAGAUUGUCCUUGUAUUGUGAAAUACCAUGAGGCUUAUCUUUAUAGUGGAUGUUUCUUCAUAGUAUAGGAAUAUAUGAAAUUUGGGAACCUCAGAAAAUUGAUUAGAGUUUUUGAUAAGAAAAUUGAUGAGUCAAUCAUUGGAUAUAUACUUUAUCAAAUAAUGUUAGGCUUAAAGUAUUUGCAUUUUAAAGGUAAGAUCCACAAACAUUUAAACUCCAAGAAGGUUUUAAUUAACGAAAAAGGAGAAGUCAAAUUAUUAAUUAUGGAUUACAAAAUCGAAUUCAAAAAAGACAAAGAUCCUUAUUGGAUUGCCCCAGAAACAUUGGAAUAAUAAAUAAUAGAAGAGAUCUCUGACAUUUGGUGCUUGGGAAUUAUAGGGUAUGAACUCUCAGAAGGAGAUCCUCCAUAUUUUGAUUAGCAUCCGAUUAGAGUGAUGUAUAACAUAAUAAAUUUACCACCUCCCAAGAUUAACAAAUAAAGAAGCAAAAUAUUUCAGGAUUUCACUCAAUUAUGUUUGAUUAAAGAUCAUGAAAAAAGAACUUCAUUAAAAGAAUUAAUGAAACACGAGUUUAUCAUUUAAAAUAAGGAAAGUGGUAGAUAGAGGUUGAUCGAAUUAAUUAAGAGAAUGAGUUAAGAUUAAAGAUCCAAAUUGAAAAAAAGCACUAGUUUAAAAUGA